GGGGGGUUCAACGGGCGCACCAUAAUAUUCCCGGAUUUCACCGCUCGUGAACAUGAAGGCAAGUCCGGUGCUCCUGCUUCUGCUCCUGACGCUGGUCUCCGUCGUGGGCCAGCGCGACGCCUUUGACGCUGCCGACGAGGACCACGAUGGUGUGCUCCAGAGGCGCGAGUUCGACAAGUGGUCGGCGCGCGUCCGUGACGCCAUCGACCCGCUCCUCGCGCCCAGCAGUGGCGUCAAGCCGCUCGCCGCUGCCAGCAACCGCGACCGCGACGACGACGCCAACAACACAGGCCUCAAACGCGUGAAGAACAAGGUCAACAAGUUCUGGUCGGGCUUUAUGAGUGGCAUCAUCACGAUCUGGGCGACCGAAGUUGGCGACAAGACCUUCUUCAUUGCCGCGAUUCUCUCGAUGAAGCAUGAUCGUAUCGUUGUCUUCGCCGGUGCGAUCGGGGCGCUCAUUGUCAUGACGGUGCUCUCAGUCGUCCUCGGUGGUGUUGCCGCCUUUUUCCUGCCCCCGCGCCUCACACACUAUGCUGGCGCCUUCUUGUUUGUGUUUUUCGGUCUCAAGAUGCUCUACGACUCGCGCGAGAUGAACGCCAACGGUCCGUCGGAAGAGCUCACCGAGGUCGAAGAAGAGCUCGAGGGCAAGAAGAACGCCGAAGAUGUCGAGUCGGUUGAAGGCGGCGCGCCCAUCGGCCCGUCGUCGGGUACGAUGAAGGUUUUCUCGCAAGCCUUCUUCCUCACCUUCCUCGCUGAGUGGGGCGACCGGUCCCAGAUUGCUACGAUUACGCUCGCGGCCGCGAACGAUGCGUUUGGCGUGACGUUGGGUGCGAUCCUCGGCCACUCGAUGUGCACGGGCCUCGCCGUUGUCGGCGGCAAGCUCCUCGCGUCGCGCAUCUCGGAGAAGACGGUGACUGUGGUCGGCGGCGUCCUCUUCUUGCUCUUUGCCCUGCACUCGCUCGCCUUUGGCCCGGAAGAGUAGAUCCUAGAGUAGAUACGAAGCGGUAAACAUGAUGUUUGCGCUCGUCGGCGCGACGGGUGGCCACGGGCCAAAUAUACGACGCUACGUUGGGCCUCGCCAUCCAUGCACCGCGCACGGGC